AUGCCGAGGGUCUCGCAGCCCCUCUCGCUCCUGGUCCUGCUCGUCCUCGCCGCCACCGCCCGGGGACAGGCUGGCACCGGCCCCAAGCAGCUGCAGCCCUGGCUUAUCAGCCUCACUGCCGUCGUUGUCUUCCUCUUCAUCGUCUUCGUGCUCCUGCUCGUCAACCGGCUCUGGCAGAUCAGGAUGCGCAGGCUGGAGCGCACUGGCCGCGCCAACCCGGCGGCUGAGAAGGACAGCGACGAGGAGAGCGAUGGCGAGGAGCGGAGCAAGUCCACGUCCUUCUGA